AUGUGGAAGGAAUCAAAUGAGAAGCUUGCAAAGAAUAAUUCAGCAUUUAAUCUUGAGUUUGCUGAAUCACAAAGUGAAGGUACUUAUGUAAAUAAUGUAAUAUUACCCACUAUACAAGCUACCUUAAAGUGUCUUCCUCUAGGAAAAUCCACCUUUGUUAGUAGUUCUGAAUGUCAAAGCAGUGUUAGUGUGAAUAAAAAGGAUGAUGGGUGGCUAGGGAAACGGCCAGAUAUUAUGAUCAUAAUGAAACAUAAUGGAAAAAAUUACAAACUUUUAUAUACUGAAUGUUCAUGUCUGACUUGUACAACACAAAAGAAAAAAGACGAUAAAGUGAAGUUGUGGCGUGAAGUUAAUAAUGAAGAUUACGAAAUUCUAGAAGUAUUCCAACAGUACUUAAAGGACAAGCUUGUUAUUGUGGAUGAAACUAUAAAAAAAAUUAUAAAUAAUAUCCACCUCGAUAGCUAUCAAUAUAUUUCUAAAUUCCAUUGCAUUAAAAAUACUUUUGGCAAAAUAAUAGUUGAAUUCUUUGAUCUGAACAAUUCAGAAUCUGUGAGAGUUGUGCAAUCUGCAGUGGAUGAUUAUUUUAAGUACACUUGCAAACAUAUCAGUCAUCAGAGUAGCCAGUUUAUCAAUAACCUGGCAGAACAAUUCAGUUGUUUAACAGAUAGCAAUAUAGAGCCUUAUAUUAUAGCAAACACUGUAUCCAACCAUUUUCAGAACCAUCAGAGUUGCGUAAAUAAAUUGAUACAAGGACUUCAACUAUUAUCAAACACAGUUAACGAUUAUUUUGAUGUUUCUUAUCCAGAAUUGUAUGCUAAAAUAAAAAAACUUAAUCUAGGUUUCAACAUUCCUAAAUGUUUUGGUGCCUUUCCAACAGUUGGUAUUAACUUUAACUCUAUUUGUCAGUUCUAUCGGGAUCUGAAAGAUUACCCUAAUACACUAUGUGUCAUGUGUUCCCUUGGAACAUUCGAAGAUGGGAAUUUGGCAUUCCCUAAAUUAAAGUUAGCAAUUAUGGCAAAGCAAGGACAG